GGCGGCACAUGCGCAGUGAGUUGGUAGCGCCCGCGCCGCGCAGCUUGGAGACCCCGUGUAUCAGCAGCUAAUGGCGGGCGGUGUGUGAGGCGCUGAGCGGAGAUCAGCAGGGAGAAGCAGGACCCUCUUCUGCAUCAAUUAUAGAAUUGCAGUGUGGGGGCAAAAAGCAUCCAUGCAAUGGCGGAAGGUGCCAGUCCUCAGCCCACUGAAACCCAACUUGAGAGCGUGGAGUGCGGUUCUCCUGCAUCAAUUGGAGAUGAUCAGAGUGGUGAAGAUACGCUGAAAAAUCUUAAACCAACAAGCAAAGAAUUUAGAAAAACCUGGGGUUUUCGCAAAACUACCAUCGCUAAGCGCGAAGGAGCCGGCGACCUCGACAUGGAGACACCAGAGUCUUCCCAACAGACGGGCCCUUCUCUGAGACGGAGCGGCAGACAGCCAAAGCGCACCGAGCGCGUAGAAGAGUUUCUUACGACGGUUAGAAGAAACAGGGGGAGGAAAAGCGCGACACAAGAGGAUUCGAGCGACCGGUCGUGUCCGGUAACAGACGCAGAAACUGCUUCGGAAGGCAGUGUGGAGAGCACACCAGAUGCAAAGUCUGAUAGGAGAGCCAAGGUGGACGAAACGGAGACCAAAAAGGAAGAGGAUGACAGUUCGGACAGCGACGGGAUGACUCUGAAAGAACUGCAGGCGCGGCUGCGAAGCAAACGCUCUGAUAUCCCAGCCGCUGAAACGAUUCAAGAACCGGCUAUGGAUGCCCCAAAGAGCAGUUGCCCAAACGCCCCGGAGUGCUCUAUACGCACGAGGAGCGCUAACCGUGCCGCGCAGAGUCAGCAGCAGAUGGUGGAAGCCCAGAGUCCCCGUCCCACGGAGGACAUAAAGAAAGAGGAUACAGAGAAAAGCCCCAGAAACAAGCCGGAAAGUGAGAUCUAUGAUCCGAAUGCUCUGUACUGUAUCUGCCGACAGCCUCAUAACAAUAGGUUUAUGAUUUGCUGUGACCGUUGCGAGGAGUGGUUUCAUGGAGACUGCGUCGGCAUCUCUGAGGCACGUGGCCGUCUCUUGGAAAGGAACACAGAGGAUUAUAUUUGCCCAAACUGCACGUUGUUGCAGACGCAGCCUGAGAAUGUAACGGACGUUGAUACCAAGGAGCAGAUUCCUGGAGAAACAGCCACAGUCUCCCAGCCUUCAAACGCUGGGACCGCAGACAAACUUUCAGAUGAUCAAGGAAUAAAAGGCAGAAUUGAAAAAGCUGCCUGUCCGAGUGGGAAGAAGAAACUGAAGAUAUUUAAUCCUAUGGCUGAAGCCCCUGAGGUGGCCAAAUGCAUUGGCCCGGGCUGCUCCAACCUGGCCCUUCAGGAUUCCGUGUACUGCAGCCAUGACUGUAUCCUUAAACAUGCUGCGGAGACCAUGAAAUCCCUCAGCACAAGCAAGGAGGUCAAACCCAAGGAGAAGGUGAAGGUAAAAGUGGAGAAGAAAACCUCACCCAAGCCGCAGAUGCCCGUGAAACCCCCUGCUGUGCAGACGGCUCCUCCAGAGCAGAGUGAAUCCACAAUGAAGAAAGUCUUGGUAGUCAUCCCAAGAGUGGAGCCAGAAGCGCCCAUCGAGCAGAUAGUUCAUACCACCCCUUCCUGGGAGAGCGACCAUGAUUACAUUGCAGUAAAGCAUGAAAAGACCCCUGCCAUUUCAUCCACAAUAUUUUACAAAUCCGAGAAAUCAGAGGAAAAUGAAAAGAAGCCAGAAACAACGACGACGACGGCUCCUCUUCCUCCUCCUCCACCUCCUCCUGCAUCUCCUACGGUCAAAAAAGCACCUCCUUCACCCUCAUCCACUAUCCCAAUGAAACCAAUCUCUUCGCUUCCACGUAUACCGAUGCUCAAGAAGAACGAUAUACCGUUAGUUCCAGUAAAACGGUUAAAGAAAACGGUUCCUGGCAACUCUAAGAGCCCAGCACCCAACAAAAUCAUACCCUAUCCCAUGUCUUCUAAUAUCAGGAAACUUCCACCCAUACCUAAAAAAGUGCCACCUUCUUCAUCCGCCGCGUCCAGCUUGAAGAAGACUUCUUCCAACGCAACCUCUGGCCAGACGAAGCCAACAGGGACCUCUUCCUCCAGUGCCGGCUCCUCCGCUGCUUCAAGCGCGCCGUCCAGGCCGACGACCAGUAACUCUCAGCCGGUGCCCAAUAAUCAGAUCCGGCAGAACAUUCGGCGCUCGCUCAAAGAGAUCUUAUGGAAAAGAGUGACUGAUAGCGACGAUCUUGCGAUGUCCGAGAACGAUGUGGCAAAGAUCGCAACGAAUAUCGAGAGGGAAAUGUUCAGUUUGUUCCGGGAUACUGACAGCCGGUAUAAGAGCAAAUACCGAAACCUGAUGUUUAACCUGAAAGAUCCAAAGAACCAGGGGCUGUUCCACAGAGUUCUGCAGGAAAAAAUAUCCCUGGCAAAGCUGGUGCGCUUGAAGCCGGAAGAGCUGGUGUCCAAGAAGUUGUCCUCUUGGAAGGAAACCACCUCUAAAGCAAAUUUGGUCUUGAAAACAAAGUCUUGGGUAGAAAACCAGGCACACUCUCCGAGGCAAGCAGUUGUGGACAUGGAAGAAUCGCCUCCGAUGUCUGAUACCGAUACGGAGCAGCAGGAGGCCGCACAAGCGCCACCCCCCGAGAAAAGCAGCGCCGUGCUUCCAGACAUCUUCAGCAGCAUGUUGAGUGACACCACGAGCCAGCAUCGAGCCCACCUGUUUGACCUGAAAUGCAAAAUCUGUACAGGUCAGAUGUCUGCAGAUGAUGAGCCCCCGCACAAGCGUCAGAAAGUGGCAGCGACCGCAGCACCCGCGAAGAAACCUGAUCCCAAACCAGAGCCAAAAGUAGAGAGUUUUGAUGAGGUGCCCCCACCCCCGCCAGCCACAGACGACAAAUCCGAAACACCGAUGGAAAUGAGUGACGGCUCCGAAACGAUCCCUGAGAAAGCACCAGAUAGCACGCCUAUACCCAAUGCUUCUCCCAGUCACCCCGAGCCGCCUUUCACUAGUCAGGGUGUUGUGUUUCCCCCCACCAGCCAUGUGACCACAGUCACGGUAUCUGGUAGGGACCCAAGGACCGCAGUCAGCCGUCCGCUUCCAACAAUCGCCAACGCUCCAGGCGCCAGCCCAAGAGUCGUGCAGGACAGCGACGCUCCUCCAGCGCAACCUCCCACGUCGAUUCCUUCUGUCUUCACUGCGCCGAAGUCCAUCCUGACAAAGCCGCUUCUCUCUUCUGCAUCUUCCUCACCGAGCUUCAACACCCAGGAGAUGCGCGCACCCCAAGACGGAGACACGUCUCUCUUCCUCUCGCGUCUGAACCCCAUCUGGAAAGGAUUCAUUAACAUGCAGUCUGUGGCUAAGUUUGUCACAAAAGCAUUCCCCGUUUCCGGCUCUAUUGAAUAUCUCAACGAGGAUUUGCCAGACACUAUACAUAUAGGCGGAAGGAUCUCACCAAAGACGGUUUGGGAUUAUGUCGGGAAACUUAAGUCUUCUCUUUCUAAGGAGCUGUCUCUGAUCCGCUUUCACCCUGCUACAGAAGAGGAAGAAGUGGCGUAUAUUUCACUCUAUUCCUAUUUUAGCAGCCGCGGCCGCUUUGGUGUGGUGGCGAACAACAACAGACACGUCAAAGACCUGUAUCUCAUCCCGCUUGGUGCCAAGGACCCAAUACCGUCCAAACUGUUACCGUUUGAGGGACCAGGUCUUGAAUCUGGACGCCCCAACUUAAUCUUGGGAUUGGUUAUUUGUCAGAGAACUAAACGACCUGGGAAUAAUGAGCAGGAAAAACCAGAAGAAAGGCGAACAAGAGGUCCAAACCAAGAGGAAACUGAUGUCUUGAAAGCCCCUGUGGCUUCCCAAGCAGAGAAGAAACCUCAGCCAUAUAACCCAUACUUGGUUGAACUAAAAAGUACGACACCCCCAGGCUCACCACCACCUCUUCCAGAACCUGCGUCAAAGGCUACCCCUGCUGUAGUUACAUUAUCGUCUGCUAAGCCAGACAAUGUCCAGGCAGCCUCCGGUUCUGCUAUACCCAUAGGUGACAAUUCUAAAUCAUCCACCUCAGCAAAGGCUGCCACCCCGUUGGAGCACAUUCUGAAGACCCUUUUUGGCAAAACUUCAGAAGGAAAGGGUGAAACUCCUAGCACCACAACUACUGAGGCGCCUGUUGCAGAGAAAGGAUUUGUUGGCAUUCCAUUAAUUGACCCAAUCGUACAGCAGUUUGGUCAGUUCUCCAAGGAAAAACCUAUUGAUGAGGAAGAUGACAGGCCCUACGAUCCAGAGGAAGAGUAUGAUCCAGAAAAAGCUUUUGAUACAUCAGUAGUUAUUGGUAACGACAAGCCUUAUGAACCGGAACAGCCCUGUGAAAACUUAGAAGAUGAUGAAGAGGCAUAUGAUCCGGAAGAUGAGACCAUUCUUGAAGAAGCUAAAGUCCCAAUGGAAGAGUUGCCCAAUAAAAUAUCCUCUGCAAUGAAAGUUAAACCAAUGGAUGUUUCUUCAGGAUACCUACCUUCUAUCCCUGAUCCAAAUUCUCUUGUUGAACAGCAGAAAAUGCUGGAAGAGUUAAAUAAACAAAUAGAAGAACAGAAAAAGCAGCUUGAAGAGCAAGAAGAAGCCCUUCGACAGCAGCGAGCCGCUGUUGGCGUGUCCAUGGCGCAUUUUUCUGUUUCUGAUGCGCUGAUGUCUCCUCCUCCCAAAUCAUCAAUCCUAAAAAGUGACCUAUUUCAACAAGAGCAGAUUUCAGAGGUUUCUGCGAACCUUGAACAUGUUAUAAAUCAACAUCGGGAUCCCAGACAGCCCAGAGAUCCCCGACAAGUAGCUUCAAGAGGGAUUCGUGCAGAGAAUGACGAUGUUUCCAACACACUUGUUAAAGGUGAAAAAACGCAAGUCAUUUUUUGUCCUGAAAGUAGCGAAACCGCCACGAAGAGCGCUGUAGUCCAGCCGCAGGUGGAAGAGAUGAGGCCCGAGGUUCGUUUAGAACUGGGUGACCAUGGCCAACAAAAACCAAUAGAUAGAGUUUCUGAAAAGAUUUUGAGUUCGUUCAAGCCGGAAGAUGGAUCUUGGUUUAGUCCGUCGGAAACUCCAGACAUGGCAGCAUCCAGGGAUCAUUCCGUUGCUUUAAAACCCCCCAGGAAGGUGUUGCUCCCAACUCCCGGAACACCUGCAUUACUACAACCACAUUUUGCAGGUGGAGUGGGGGAAAGUCAUAACAUUUCACAUGGAGUUUCUUGGGCCAAUGAACCUCAGAACCUUGAUGCACAAAAAUCACGAUCAAUCUAUCCUGCUCCGAUGAUUUUACCGCAAGAACACCGCCCUGAUUUAUUCAUACCUGAUAACGAUGGAGCAUUUUUACAUCAUAACGACCCACCUCAUAAUCAAGCACCCUCCUUUAAUGAGCCAAUGAAGCCAAUGGGUUUACAGCAAGACAACAUGACGGGACCAUCAUUUGCAACAGGGGGCACUACUCAAAUGCAGUUUAUAAGUGAACAGGAAAUCUCAUCAGUAUUUAGUGACCCAAGGCCAAUAGAAACACCCAGCCAUCCAGGGACUAGGCUAGCACCUCAAUUUCCUGGUGAUAAUGUCACUAUAGAAAUGCAUAGGGGUCCAAUGUCUGAGCGAAUAGGGGAACAGAAAGCUCAUUUGCCUCUGUUGCCUGCACAGUUUGGUCCUCCCCCUUCUGCUAAUGCCUCAUUUGGGGACAGAAUACACCCCCCUCCCCACUUUGGGCAGCGAGGACAGUCCCCACCCAUGUUUGACCCACAGAGUGGACCUUCUUUAGAAUUCCAGGACUCACACUUUGGGGGCAUGAAUGAUGUUCUGCCACGAUUUGAUGGGCCAAGAGGUCCUCACUUGGGUGUUCGAGGCCAGCCAUUGGGACAUCUUGAUGGCCCAAGAAGACUACCACUACCGGAAUUUAAAAUGCACAGAGGCGGAUCAAUGCAACCUCAAUUUGGAGGACCACGUGGACUUCCACCUAGCCAUUUUGGAGGUCCUCGAGCACCAUACCCUAAUGAAUUUGAAGGCAUAAGAGGACCUGCACCAGGUCACUUCUCUGGGCCAAGGGGGCCCCCAUCACACCAUUUUGAGGAACACAGAGAAAGUCCACCCCCAAUGUUUCCAAAUCAACGGGGCCCAGUUCCACAUCAGUUUGGAGGACCUCGGGGGCCUUUACCACCUAGAUUUUCUGAACAACCUACACAAGCACAAAAGUCACAGCCCCGACCUCUGCUUGAACUUCCAAAUAUUCCUCCACCAUGUAGAAAUGAAGCCUGGAACAAAGGACAAUCAGGCUUACAUCCUAACUACCCAGAUCAGCGACAAGGUCCAGAACAACCUUGGGAAGCUAAUGAAUUUAGGCAAAACAAGGACCACAGAAACCAAACCUUUGAAGGACGGCCUAGGGAGAGAUACGAAGGACGUAAUGAACCUGAACUGCAUGUUUCCGAGCAAGUACCAGUCAGAGGAUUGGAGGAAAGACGUAGGGAGAGAGACGCAGAUGGGCAGUGGGACAGAGAUACUGGUAGAAGCUGGAACAGAGACAGGAACUGGGAUAGAAAUAGGGAUUGGGAACGACAGAGAUCCAAAGAACCAAAUCGUGAGUGGGAUAAAAGCAGAGAUGGAGACAAAGAAAAAGACUUGGACAAAAGAGAGUGGGAAAGAAACAGGGACCGCGAUAGAGAUAAAGAAAGAGAGAGAGACCGAGAUAGAGAUAAGGAGCGUGAUCGAGAUCGGGACCGGGACCAUAGAGAUAGGGACAGGGAUAGAGGCAGAGAAAGAGAUCGGGACAGAGAUAGAGGGAGAGACAGAGACCGAGACAGGACUCGGGACAGAGAUGGAUAUAGACGCCGUGAUAGAAGUCGGGAUCGGGACAGAGACCGCUCUAGAAGUCGGGAUAGAGACAGGUCUAGAAGCAGGGAUCGGGACAGAGAUCGUGAUAGAACAAGGGAAAGGGACAGAGAUCGAGGAAAAGAUCGUUCUAACAGAAGUAAAAGCAUAGAGACCAACAAAGAUGUUAAAUCUGAUCGAACAAAGGACUCUUCAAAGAGCGCGUCGGCAGAAGCUGCCUCCUCGGGUCAGACAUAACACCUGCGUGAAAACAGACUUUUUCUUUUGUUUUUUAAAAAGGCGGGAAUCAGUAGGAGGACCUGGACUUUUGUGUGAAUAUAUAUAUGUAUAGUAAUUGAUUUUUACAGAGACUUUACUUUCAGGUGUUUUUACACAAUAGUGGACUGUCACAUCUGUCGCAAAACUAGCACCCAGCAGUGUAUUUCUUUUUAUACCGAUUUCUGACGAUUUACUAAAACUCGUGCAAAA